UCUAGCGUUAGUGCAGAAUACCAUACUUCAGUGUUUCUUGACAGCUAAGUAAAAUACCAGAAUUUCUUCCCAUCCAGUAUUCUGCCACAAUUGAUGGUUUCAGAAGUUGCUUAAAGAAUUCCAAAUGUUAUCCCUCUUCCAGAUUCAAUAACUGAAGCCAUUUGGAUAAAUAUCUCUGAAGGGCACCUAUCCUUGGUCAUACUCCUUGCAUGCUACUUUUAAUAGUAGUGUUAUCUUUAUAGAUAAAAGAACGGAAUAGAUGUAUUAUUUAGGUUUUUAAAAACAAAAUAAUAAUUUCUUGUACAAGAUAGUUAUGUACACCUUCUGGAGAAUAUUCACUUUGAUGGUAUGAAAAUAAGUUUGAUUAUAAGCCCCUUUUCCUUCCACCUAAACCUCUUGAUUUUAUAUUUGUUUUAUUGGGAAAGUGUAUGCUAUGUUGUCAUCUGAAAUAUAUGCCUUUAAUUCAUCUGAUUCUAGUGUUUAAUGAUAAUAUGCCAGGUCAUCUCUAAAGAGAUUUUAGUGAAAAACUGAAGUUUAUAGUAAACUUUACUAAAUGUGAUAGGAUUUUUUUUCCCCUAAAUAUCAGAUGUAGUCUAUAUGGACUUUUUAAAUAAAUAGCCUUGGAUUUUAAAAUAUAUAUAAACAAAGGGAACAAAAUACAGCAGUACUAGCCGAAAUCCUAUUCUGAAGCUUUUUACAUAUGGAAGGGCAAGCUAAUCUUUCCAUUUCUGACAAAUGUCUUUACUUUGAGGGAUGUAAAUAAUUGGGGAAAAUAGGUGCACCAUUCCAAAGUCACAUAGAGCCUACAUAAUUUAAUGAGAAAAGUAUGGUUCCCCAAAUAACAGGCAAGGCUCAAGCAGUAAGGUAAGGCAAAGUCAUUCCGGGGAAAGUUGGGGGGGGUGUGUGUGUCGAGGAACUUUUAAUCGGUCCCAUACAGCAUAAUUAAUAAGAGGUCAAUGCAGUGUAUAUGGAUGGCCAUAGCUUGCCUACUGAUGCACUGAAAUAAAAAGCAUCAUUAAUUUUCUUGGAUGUUUAGCGUAAGAGAUAUAGGACGGUGUCCUCGAAUAUUAUAGGGAAUAAUUUCCAAAUCAGGUGCUAUUCGGAAUAGGCAAUAGCUCCAUCUUAUCAAAUAAAAAAGCACCAACUUCCAUCCAAGUUGAGUUACUUUAGAAAACAUGCUACAAGCAUCGCGGCGGCCCGAAUAAACGAGUUUCCCUUACGACCGCAAACCCUGCAGUAAAAGGAGCAGGACGGAAGCGAGAUGGAAUCGGCGCCUUAAUCCGGCUACUGGGUCUCUCCUCUUCGCGCCCUGUAGCUACACAUCCUGUCCCCGCGCUCGUCGCCUCAGCGGGCAGGAACCCGGGGGAUGGGCACGAGACGUCCAAAGGGCCACGUCCAAUAGAAUGUCACGAACAAGAGAGAGCGCGAGCCUUGCCGCGCUCCAGGAUAGGCCCCACAGCAUCUCCCGCGCUCUGGCACAACUAACCCGUCCAUCCCCCCGCCGGCCCGCAAGAGACUGCAGGAGCGCGCGCUAGCCGGUCUCUUUUCUCCACCCUUCCCUGGGCGCGUGCGCGUUCACUCUUUAAAUCCCUUGGCUGGGGCUGAGAGCUGGCGGGCAGAAUGGGAGGGGGGAGGGAAGAGUCCCUUCAACGGCAAGGCACACCUCGCGAGCAGGCAUUGGCCGCCGCCACUUGCUUCUUAUUGAUUGGCUACCGGCUUGGUAGAGCUCCUCCUAAUUGGCUCUUCGGGUUUUGGAUACCAGAUUUAAACCUUUUAAAAGUGCCCGGAAAAGGGAUUCCACCCAGAGACUGACUUUGAAAAAGAAAGCGCGAAAGGAGGCAGCGCUUACCAGCUAGAAAACCAGCCACUUCAGGGAACAUUUGAAAAGCUACCCUAACCACUGAAAAUGAAACGUGAUUUUAAUUAUAGCCAUGUUUACUAUGAAUCUUCACUAUUAAAACUAACUGGAACAGAAGCAACAUCAGAAGAGCCUUGCCCUGAGAGUUACAAUGAAAAUUGCAAAGAGUGUACCAAAGAAAAGCUCUUCUAUGGUGACCCGCAUCAUGGAAGUUCCAAGAGUUUCAAUCUCAAAAGUGGAAAAAAGCUUAUGCACAAUAAAGAAAACCAACAAGUAUGGAGACAUAUUGAGAGUGCCAGUGAAAUUGACAAUGAAAACGAAGACAGUGGAUACUCCUCUUUAUUGGGUAUUGAGCACAAACCCAAUGAUAAUGAUGACAGUGUGCUAUUAGCAGGGAAUAUCAACAAUAUACCAAAUCAUAGUUUCAGUCCAAGAAAAAAUUUACUACCAGUCCUCCAUUUUGAAGAACUUGUCUGCUCAACUUUGAAAAAAACUAGCAAACGGAAUCCAAAGUCGUGGGCUCUUGUCUUAGAUAAAAUAGCUUCAAGGAAAAUGGAAUUUGUGAAUCUGAUUGGCAAAAAAAUGGGAUUAGAUAAGCUAGAUAUUCUUGGAGAAUUAUUUCAUGGGAAAUUCAGACAUCUGUUAGCAAACAUUUUAAUACAUCUUAACGAUACAGACUUGAUAAACAUGGCCAAAGUUAGCACUACGUGGAAGAAAAUUCUUCUUAGUGACAAGUGGGCUUUCCAGAUGUAUAACAAAGCACUAAAACUCAGUUUGAAUAGCAACACAGUAGCUGCCAAACAGUCUGAUACAAGGGAGUAUGCUCUCCAUCGUGAACCAUUAACUUAUAUUCAGAAAGUAGCACCCACACAAAUUAACUUUUCUAAAAAAACAUCCCGAAUGAAAGCAAACACCCAGAGUAAUCAGAGCUCUUCUUUCAGCCGCCAUUCACAAUUUUCUGAGGUUGCAAAGACUUUGAAAAAUACUGAAAGUUUGAAAGUUUGCCAUCGCUGUGGUUCCCCUGCAAAAUACGAUUCCCAUCUGCAAAGGGCAACGUGUGUCCGAGAAAGCUGUGGUUUUGACUUUUGCACAAAGUGUUUGUGCAGCUACCAUACUGCCAAGGAUUGCAUCAUUGGAAAACCUGUAAAAACGACUUUCAGACUCGGACCUCUUCCUUGUAGCAAAAAAAGCAAACAGAAUUUACGGAGACUAUAAUUUCCCCGAUGCAAAUUCUAGCUAGAGUAUCAUAUUUUGCUUGUAGGUUCAAAAGAGGAGUGAAUGUGAAAGUUGUGGUUGUCUAAUUUAAAAAAAUGCAGUGAUUUUUUUAAAAAUCAAUUUUAAAGUUUUUUUGUUUUUUCAGAUGUCUUCCUCUCCCCUUUUUAGAAGGAUGUUCAGCCAAAUUUUUAAACUACUUCUAGGUUUACAUGAGAAUUGUACAUGGCAACCUUGACUUAACAAGUACAAUAACAGUGGAUUUUUAUUAAGUUGGGGGCAGUAAAGGUAGCAUUUGUUUUUAAAAGUUGCUUGUUUUAUGGCCUCUAACUUCAUGCCUUAUAAAAAGCCUUUCAGAGUUUUUACAAUAUAAUCUAAUAAGCAAAUCAUAUUUAAUGUAUUUGCAAUGCCAAAUUUUUAUUAAAAUUGAAUUUCAUCUGAACAAAACAUUAAACAUGUAAAUAGGAUUAGUUUUUAUAACCACAUGUGUCUUGAUAGCUGCUGAAACGUAGUGUCCUGGCCCAUUUCAUCUUCAUUACUGGGUAAAGAUGCCUAGAAAUGUAUAUAUUUGUAAAUACUUAAAUAUUUGUCUGUCUACAUGAAAAAUAAAAAUUAUCUUUAUAAAUAAAA